AAAGUGAUUUAAGAAAAUCUUGUUCAACUCUUGUUGUUGGCCAACCUCUUGCAUCAUUUGUAAAUCUCACCUAAGAACUCUUUGUUUAAUCCAAUUCCAAAUCAAAAAUUACCUAAAUUUCUACACCUUUGUGGGCCAAUGGCGGGAGUUUAUUUUCCUAAACCAAUACCAAAAAAAAAAAGAAAAAAAAAGUGGGGUUUUCUUUGUCAUUUGUGGUUACUCGUUGGUUGCACUCUCUCUCCGAUUUCCUUAUCCAUUGCUCCUUUCUUCUUCCCACUCAAACUUCUCUGCAACUAUAUCUAUGAAAACCCACCGCCAUUAAUAGAUUUUGAAGAACAACGAAGAAGAAGAAGAAGAUGACAUGUUUAUUGCCGCAAUUCAAAUGUCAACCUGACACUUUCUCUAUUACCUCCAUUCUUCAUCCUCCUUCUGCUUCUUCUGCAUCUUCCCUCUUGAGAAAUAGAGAUUCGGUCUGUUUUCGCACACAAUGUGCGGUGUCUACUCCACCAGCACCAACAGCAGCAGCAGAAACUGCUGUAUUUGAUGUUGAGAAGCUGCGCUUGUCUUAUGUUGAAUCUAAUUCCAAUUCACUUUCUGCAUAUGCACAUGCCAAUUUUUCGAGCACUUUGGGCUCUCCAGCUGAGGCAAAGUAUGAUACUGCAUUGGCAGCUAAGGUACUGAUUGAAAAUGAAGAAGCUGUUAUUGCCGCCGCUGCUGCUGAAGCAGUUACCUUGGCAAGGGCAGCAGCCAAAUUUGCAAAGGAUGCCGCACAAAUGGCUGUUAACAGUCAACCAAAGAAACCAGAGUCUAAGCCUGAAGGUCAAUCACUUCAUUUUAAUGGUGCUCAACUUUUAGAAAGUGAACAAUUAUGUAAUGUCAGAAACUUUGAGGGUGCUGGCACUACUCUUAGAGAAAGUGACCUCAUGGAGCACCCUGUUUCUGAACCUGCUGACAUUGAGCCAACAAGUGAGGAGCUUCAACUCCUAGAAGCAGAACUUGUUGAGAGCAUUGCUGUUAGGUCAACACGCCAAGGAGAGAGAAAGGCCAGGAGAGAUAAGGCUGCAGAGAAGGCUGCAUCUAAUGUUGUUUCUGUCAAGGUGGGGAAUGGCCGCAGAAAGCGCACAUCCGUGCAGGAAGUGGACUAUUCUGAUCCAUUGCGUUACAUAAGAGGCACUGGCUCCUCUAAGCUUCUUACAUCUUCUGAAGAGCUGGAGUUGUCAGCAGGAAUUCAGGAUUUGCUCAAACUAGAAAGGCUGCAUAAAGAACUGAUAGAAAAAUUUGCGGAGGAGCCAUCAUUUAUGCAGUGGGCUGCUGCAGCAGGUGUUGAUCAGAGGACUUUGAGGAAGCGUCUAAACCAUGGUAGAUUUUGUAAAGAUAAAAUGAUUAAAAGCAACGUAAGGCUUGUGAUAUCAAUUGCCAAAAAUUAUCAAGGAUCUGGAAUGAAUCUUCAAGAUCUUGUUCAGGAAGGAUGUAGAGGCCUUGUUAGAGGUGCAGAAAAGUUUGAUGCCUCCAAAGGGUUUAAGUUCUCAACGUAUGCUCACUGGUGGAUAAAACAGGCAGUUCGAAAAUCUCUUUCUGAUCAGUCAAGGACUAUCCGCCUUCCAUUUCACAUGGUUGAGGCAACUUAUAGAGUAAAAGAAGCUCGGAAACAGCUGUAUAGUGAAAAUGGAAAACAACCUGAAAAUGAGGCAGUUGCAGAGGCUGCAGGGCUUUCAAUGAAGAGGCUAAAUGCAGUGCUAAUGACUCCUAAGGCUCCUAGGUCUUUAGACCAGAAAAUUGGUUUCAAUAUGAAUCUUAAACCUUCGGAAGUAAUUGCAGACCCUGAAGCAGAAACUUCUGAGGAUUUGUUGACUAAGCAGUUCAUGAGGCAAGAUCUCGAGAAGGUCUUGGACACAUUGACUCCAAGAGAAAAGCAGGUGGUAAGGUGGAGAUUUGGAUUGGAAGAUGGAAGAAUGAAGACACUACAAGAGAUUGGUGAGCUGAUGAGUGUCAGUAGGGAAAGGAUUAGACAAAUUGAGUCGUCUGCAUUUAGGAAGCUUCAGAAUAAGAAGAGAACAAAAAAUUUGCAACAAUACAUGUUCUUAUAAGAUCCAAGAAGCUGAAGUUUAAAUUCAAAAUCUCUGCCACUGUAUGUUACAUCUUGUUUUUAUUUUCUCAUUCACGCUUAAUUGAGUUAGAGAGCCCUUAUUUCCUUUUUCUCAUUUUCUAUAUUAGGGAGGAAAAAAGGGGGCUAGUGGUAAUGAUGUAUGUGGCAAAUUGGGGAACUACAAUGUUCAUAUAUGGUACAAAGGUCAUUUUCUGCCCCAAUUGUGGAAGUGUAGCAGAUUUGAUACUGAAUUUAGGGCUAAACAAAGGAAUGAUACAUGUAACAAGGACUUUAUCUGAAACCAUCAUUCAUUGAGGUGUAUCAAAUUUGUACAUUUACUUGUGAAAUACUCAAAUUGAGGCAUUGAGCCAAUGCAAUAUCUCAAUGCAGCUCUUUUCCAUUGA